AUGGAUGGUGAACAUCACAAGGAACAAGAGGAGUCAGUUAUUCCAGUUACUAGUUGUUCUAGUGAGAGAUCAUUCUCAAAACUUGCUUUAAUAAAGUCAAAGUUACGGAAUACUAUGAAACAGGAAAGACUUGAUUCAUUACUAUUAUUAUAUGUAGAACAAGACCUAUUAACUCAAGUUGACUACAAUGAUGUCAUUGAACAAUUUAAAGUAUUAGUUCCCGAAGAAAGACGAUUAGCUUUGUAA